AGUUACCUGUAGAUAGUAUUAAAUCUAUUGACCCAGCUCCCGUCCCCUAUGUUUUGGUCUGUCAGUGUCUGGUGGUUUCGCUGCAGCAACACUUCCUGGUUUUCACCCACCGGCUGCACUCCGCUGAGGUGGAGAGGCGGAGCCUGAGGUUAGAGGUCGCACGCCUCAAACGUGUCACCAAGGGCGAUCGAGGACCGUGCCACCUGGUGCCGGCAGAGCGGUUUGGCAGUGUGUGUGAGGAGUUGAGACAGGCCUUACAGAGAGAGGAGCAGGCUCAGGGUCUCCUGAGACAACAGUCUGACCAGCUACACACACUGGGGUUACGCAUGGACACACAUUGUGGAGAAGAGAGAGAGAGAGAACACACACUCUCACAGGCCGUACAGAGUCUGUCGGAAGCUCGUCAGGAGGUGCGUCAGAAGGAGCAGUCUCUAAGGGUUCUGGGUAAACACCUGUCGGGCCUACAGCAGGAGAAGAAGAGUCUGGAGGAGAGUGUCAGACACGCGGAGGAUGCACUACGCAUGGCAGCCAAGCGCAAGGACUCCCUGGCCAGCUACAUGAGAGCAGUAGAGAGCAGCUACAGAGAGGUCAGAGACCGUAUCGUCCAAUCACGAUCCACCUCCACUGACAAGGACCUCCCUCUGCAGUUACCAAGAGUGCACCUGGAUCUGACCGGACCAGAGAGGUUGCUGGGAGGGCCGGACGUGGCCGCCUGUCAGAGCCUGGUGGGGACGUUCUCUGAGUUAUACCACGCAGCGUUCUCCAGGAUUGGCUCGAUGGAGAGGGAAAUCUCCGCCCACCAAAGCCAUGUCUCCGCCCUCCGGAAUGAACUACACGAUGCCUGUCUCAGGGAGGACCUCUGUUUCAUCCCUGUGUGCGAUUCUCAAUCGUCGAUGACCCCUCACCCAGACGACCUCUGUCAACUCGUCGUUGACCCUGAAGCCCCUCCUACCGAACGCACCAACGUUCUGCUGAGGGAGGCAACGGGCAAACCCAACCCUACCCCCUCCCUCGCUCCCUCCCUCCCCUUGUCAGACCCCCCUAAAAAGGCUAAGGGCAGUAAGAAGGUGCCCAAGAAGACUCGUUCUGUACCGUCCAAGGCUCCGUCAAGAAGAUAGACCACAGAAUCACUGUUAUGUGUUACAGUGUAUCUGUUAUGUGUUACAGUGUAUCUGUUAUGUGUUACAGUGUAUCUGUUAUGUGUUACAGUGUAUCUGUUAUGUGUUACAGUGUAUCUGUUAUGUGUUACAGUGUAUCUGUUAUGUGUUACAGUGUAUCUGUUAUGUGUUACAGUGUAUCUGUUAUGUGUUACAGUGUAUCUGUUACAGUGUAUCUGUUAUGUGUUACAGUGUAUCUGUUAUGUGUUACAGUGUAUCUGUUAUGUGUUACAGUGUAUCUGUUAUGUGUUACAGUGUAUCUGUGCUGUGUCUGAAACUGCUCCCUGUUGACCGGAGACCCAUUCAAUAUCCACGCUACAGAUUCCUUCUAUAGUGUAUAUCUGUCCUUAAUGAAGCGUUUUGAUACUGUCCUCAAGACUAUGAAGAAGUAGACAUUUAUUGUAGCUGAAGAAAAGGAUAAAGAUGUGUUUUUGUUACAUAAAUCAGUAAACCUUUUUUAAAAUGA